AUGGGCCCCACUGGAGUAGGCCAAAAGUGGUCCAACAAAAAAUCCCUACAGGGACAUAAAGAGGAGCAGGCUCUUCGUAAUAUGGGGCAUCCAAAAGGGGUAAAUGAGAAGGAUAGGGAGCGGCACUCCAGUGGUGGCUUAGUGGUGGCCCGGUGGCAGGGUGGAGCCUCCCUGGGGGCUGGGCGGAGCGGAGCCAGGUGGCCAAGCAGCGAAGUGGGCCGGGUGGCGGAGGAGGUCGGGUCGGGUGGCGGAAGCCGGCAGCAGGGAGGCCGGGCCGGGUGGUGGCCGGGGAGCUGGGGUCCACAGGGAACAGAGGCUGGGGGCUGCAGACAACGACGGGCCAGUCGGGCGGUGGCCGGGGAGCUGGGGGCCACAGGCAGUGAGGGCCGGAGGGUCAGCGGUCGGCGAGAGCGGAAGCCGGGGCUAGAAGAACAGUUGCGGGCGCCGGGGAAAAACUGCUGGCGGGGGCCAGGGGAGGUGCAGGGCCCGAGCUUGCAGGGUGAGUCCGUACUGACAGCGAUAGGGGCAGGGGCCCCAUGUGGGUGGCGGCUGGGUGGCGCCCCGAUGGUUGGGCAGAGCGGGCCUAGUGGCUGGAUGGAGUGGGCCGGUGGUGGAGCCAAGUGGCUAGGAGGCGAAGUGGGCCGGGCGGCGGAGGAGGCCGAGUCGGGAGCUGCAGGCGGCGGCCAGGGCUGA